AUGAUACUAAACGGCACGAAGCCGCAGUUCGAUAUUCCCACCUCAUCCUCUAGGCGGCUUUACUAUCCGGAGGAAAUCAGUGCCAAAAUCCUGUUGCACCUUAGAAAGAUAGCCACCGACCAUUUCAAGGGUCGCGCGAUAGCCAAAGCGGUCAUGUCGGUUCCGGCUGAAUUCGAUGACCAGCAGAGGAAUGCCACGGUGCAGGCGGCUCAGUUAGCCGGCUUCGACGUGUUGCGAGUAGUAAAUGAACCAACGGCAGCCGCGCUCGCCUAUGGUCUGCACGAGAAGCCGAACAUCACAUACGUCCUUAUCGUUGACCUCGGUGGCGGUACUUUAGACGUAUCGUUGCUACUUUCCUUGAGGGGCAUGUUCGUGACAAUCGCAAUGGCAGAUGUGAUUCGUGUGAAAUUCGGCGCUAGCGUUGAGGAUGACGCUGAGCUUCGAUCUGUACGUGCAGCAGCGGAAUCUGCCAAACUGACCCUGACGUACGAAACGCAUACGGUUGUGAAUCUCACGUUCACGUCAUUACACACGGUGCCCACGGCUACUCUACAGUACAAUCUUUCGAGAACAGCGUUUGAGGACGUAAACAGAAGUUUGUUCCUAAAAGUGCUGCAGCCGAUAGAGGUGGUUCUUAGAGACGCAAACCUAACAAAAGUUGACAUCGACGAGAUUGUCUUGAUUGGCGGGUCGACGAGGAUCCCUAAAAUUCGUCAGCUUAUCGCGGAAUAUUUCGAUAAGUCACCGAACUGCAGAAUCGACCCAGAACUAGCGGUAGGCAUUGGAGUGGCCAUGCAGGCAGGCAUCCUCGAAGGAGCUUGGCCAUUGCAAGUAUCAGCGGUGGAGUUGCCAGCACGUUUCAAAAAGAUACACAUCUACGACGACAGUAAUGAUGUAUAG